AUGCUCCUACCUCCAAAUUUAACCACUUCAACUAUGAUGACGUCAUCCUCGUCAGAAUCCUACGACGCGGAUAAUCCGAUCUUACCGCCUGAACCAAUCCUGGGGGAUUAUGUGGAGAUGUUCACGUUGGUACUCAAUUUUAUUGUUGGCGCGCCUUUGAACUUGGCCGCGUAUACUCAGGGAUUCGCAAACAUCUGGAGCAAGAACUCAUCUGGAGCAAGAAUUAAGGCGGAACCAGCUGAGGAAGUCCCGGAGUUGGACAGGCCUCCAUGCGAGUACACUCCCAGAAACAGUGUUGCUCCAUCAGACCGAAACUUCCCAAUCAGAGCCGCCGCCCCUUCCCAGUUCAAACCGCCCAGAUUGGAAUCUCAUUCAUUGGAUGACGUGGCACCCCAAAUGGAAGAUCCGCUUGUAGCUGUUCAAAAGCAACUGGAUUUGAAACAGCAAAGAAUCGAUACACUGAAGCAGCGGCUGAAAGAUCAAGAAAGAGAAUUGACGCUGAAAUUUGCGGAGCAACUGAAGAAAAAAGAAAAAGAGUUGACUUUGAAGCAUGAUAAUGAGCUCCUCUCUCAAAAAGUCAAGUAUUUGGAGGAAAUAAACCAGAAAGAGCAACAAAUUAAUGAGUUGCUGAAAAAUCAAGUUCAGCAAAAUCAGCAGCAACCAACAAUGCCGGUUCCCCAAUACAUGAUGGCUGCUCCACCUCUAUUCAUGCCGGCUCCACCAACUUUAUCUGCAAGAAAUUUCACGGUUGCAGUACCAGAUUCAAUUCAUCCAAAUGUGCCAAAUCCACCUCAACUCGUGGCUCCAGCUCCCUGCCCUCAAGCAUCAAUUCCAGCUCCACGUGCUGAAAGUCUCGCUGAUUCUGGCCGGAAAACUUCUGUGGCGCCUCGUGAAAGCUCAUCAGAGUCAAUGGGGCCCCCACAGAAAAAGAUGAGACGCGAUGACCGAGAAAUGGACCAUCAAGUGAUGGAUGGAAGCAGUCAAAGCUAUGUUGGAUUGAACCAGGAACGAGAUUUACUCGAUUCGAAUCGAGAAGACAAUCUCCAAGAUUAUGAAGUUGGAGCCCAACCCGAGGAACCGCAAAUCCAGCGUUUCGAUGAAAGUGAAGACCAACGAAUGGAAAUUGGAGUCGUGGAUGAAGCGGAGCCAAAUAAUGAUCCGGAUUUACUCAAUGAGCGACCAGUUAGUAAUCAGGAAGAAAUUGAAUUUCCCGAUUUAGGGACGCAGCCAGAGAUGGAUGUGGCCCAUGAGGAGCCCAUGGAGGAAGACGAUGAGGGUCCUCUACAGAAUGAAGACCAAGAGCUCGAUGACAAUGAUGAGGAAAUGGAUCAAGAAGACGAAGAGGCUCAGGUUCAACCAGCUAUUGGGCGUAGAAGAAGUGCCCGUGAAAAACAUCCGGUUUCCUUGAUACAACCGAAGUACGGAAAGAACCAUAUCAAAAAUCAAAAGCAAGGCGAAUACACAAGAUACAAAGCGUUGCAUGGUGGUUCCUACAGAAAAAAGAAGAGAAGAUAUAAGAAACGGACUGACCCAACGGAUGUAUAG